CCCACCAGUUCUGCCCACCUGUGCCCAGCAGUGCCGCCCACCAGUGCCCAGCGAUGCCACCCACCAGUGCCCAGCAGUGCCACCCAGCAGUGCACCCACCUGUGCCCAGCAGUGCCACCUACCUGUGCCCAAAAGUGCCACCUACCUGUGCCCAGCAGUGCCACCCAUCUGUGCCCACCAUCAGUGCCAUCUGUCAGUGCUGUCUAUCAGUACCCAUCAUCAGUGCCGCCUAUCAAUGCCACCUAUCAGUGCCGCCUAUCCGUGACACCUCAUUAGUGCUGCCUAUCAGUGCCGCCUAUCCGUGCCACCUCAUUAGUGUUGCCUAUCAGUGCCACCUAUCAGUG